AUGACUACACUCCCAUCUGGGUUCUCCAUUCUUGAAGAAAACGACAACGUGGUGGCACUGAGACAUCUACUGAGAGACGCUGUGGUGAUCAUACCCAAGAGGAGGUCUGAGAUGAUGACAGGACUACGUGGAAGGGUUGAGCUGAUUACCAGUAAGAAAUGUGCUCCGAGUGGCCAUAUAAUGGAAUUAUUCCCGAGAGGCUGCUCUAUGUUUAGAGUAGAAAGGGGUAUAACUGGGGUACCUCCUGUCUUGAUAUAUUGCGACCCCGAUGCAAAUGGCCAAGAAAACAACCUGUCUCUUUCUUCCGGGGAUGUGCCGACGCUGAAUGUUCACAGGACAUCAGACUAUCACAGGGUGAUGCCUAUAGGUUUCACUACGAACAAUCACGUCUUUGAUCAAACUAUAUGCCUGUUACCGGGAUCCAUGGACAUUGCGACACCCCUCGUGAUACGUUUUGCAGGGGCUGUUGCUAUCAUGUAUGCAUUCCAUGAUUUCAUACAGCUAAGUGUGGAACAUUCAGACGUCACCAGCAUCCCCAUACAGAUGUGUUUCAUGUCAACCUUGAGCCUGAGAGAGGCUCAGGCUAUGCUGUUAUCAUACAUGUCACUUAACCCAUGUUUUGUAGCUUCAGACAGCAGUUGCUUCAGGUUCAUGGUUAAAAGUCAUUCGAUGGUAUCAGAACUGAGAAAGAUCGUCUCAUCUAACCCUAGGGUUCACUAUGGCCUAGCCGAGUUAAAGCUCUCAGGUGUAGAGCAUGUAAUGACCGAGGAGCUGGAAGAUGAAAUAUUGCAAAUCCGACAUGGGCUAGCGGAUGAGGAGCGCAAUGAAGAAAAUGACUGUGAGGAAAGUGAUGAAAGUGAUGUGUCACGAUCGUCGGGAACAGAGGAGGACCAAGGCGCAGCGUUGCAGGCAAACAUACUCUUUAUUUAGCGAUAUUACGACAAAAUAAACAAACGAUAACGUGACAGUUCACGGUCUAACACAAACCAACUAGAAACAAGACCCCACAACUAAUGUGGGAAAACAGCCUCUAUAAGUAUGGCUCCCAAUCAGAGACAACCAGCCACAGCUGACACUCGUUGCCUCUGAUUGGGAACCACUCUGGCCAACACAGAAAUAUAAUACAUAGAUCUACACACCCUGGCUCAACAUAACAGUGUCCCCAGAGCCAGGGCGUGACAGUACCCCCCCCUAAAGGCGCGGACUCCGACCGCGUCAACCAAAUACCACAGGGGAGGGACCGGGUGGGCACUCCGCCUAGGCGGCGGAUCCGGCUCCGGGCCUGAUCCCCGCUCCCUCUCCAACCCCCCAAAGUACCCCUGGUCCGGUCUGACCCCGCUGGCCGGAGCUGGACUGCACACUGGUGGAGCGGCUUGCUCUAGCUCCGGCGUGAAGCAUCUGAUCGGUGCCGGACCAGGCACCGGUGGAACAGGCACGGGACGUGCCGGACUGACGACGCACACCACUGGCUUGGUGUGGGGAACAGGCACGGGCCGUGCCGGACUGACGACGCACACCACUGGCUUGGUGUGGGGAGCAGGAGCGGGCCGGACCGGGCUGGCGACACGCCCCAUUGGCUUGGUGCGGGGAGCAGGAGCGGGCCGGACCGGGCUGGCGACGCGCACCAUUGGCUUGGUGCGGGGAGCAGGAAAGGGCCGGACCGGGCUGGCGACGCGCACCAUUGGCUUGGUGCGGGGAGCAGGAAAGGGCCGGACCGGACUGGCGACGCGCACCAUUGACCUGGUGCGGAGAGCAGGAACAGAACAGGCCGGGCUGGCGACGCGCACCAUUGGCCUGGUGCGGGGAACAGGAACAGGACAGGCCGGGCUGGCGACGCGCACCAUUGGCCUGGUGCGGGGAGCAGGAACAGGCCGGGCCGGGCUGGUGACGCGCACCAUAGUCUUGGUGCGGGGAGCAGGAACAGGCCGGGCCGGGCUGGCGACGCGCACCAUAGGCUCGGUGCGGGGAGCAGGAACAGGCCGGGCCGGGCUGACGACACGCACCACAGGCUCGAUGCGAGGAACAGGGACAGGCCGGACCGUACUUGGGACACACACCACUGGCCCUAUGCAGGGAUCAGGAACGGGCCGGACCGGACUGGUAACACACCCCAGUACCUCUCGCCGUGCCUCCACACUUUCCUUCCCCUUUAACACCAGUGGCCCCCGUAACCUGGCGGCCUCCUCUGUCAACCCGCUGGACCGCUCUAUCGCGGCCUCCUGCUGCCCCGACGUCCACGUCGUGAGCCCCCCCCCCUAAAAAAAUUCUGGGUGUCUCUCCUCCCCGUGGACCAGGCCUCCCUAGUUCUCGCCAGACUCUCACCCCACUGCUCCAAAGUCCAACCACUCUGCUCUUCACUUGGCUUGGCCCAGUCGAGACUCUUAAUCCAUUGCUCCAUAGUCCAACCUCUCUGCUCUUCACUUGGCUGGGCCCAGUCGAGACUCCUACUCCACUGAUCCCAGGUCCAUCCUGUCUCCUCUUCACGCUGCUUGGUCCUGUCUUGGUGGGAUCUUCUGUCACGAUCGUCGGGAACAGAGGAGGAUCAAGGCGCAGCGUUGCAGGCAAACAUACUCUUUAUUUAGCGAUAUUACGACAAAAUAAACAAACGAUAACGUGACAGUUCACGGUCUAACACAAACCAACUAGAAACAAGAUCCCACAACUAAUGUGGGAAAACAGCCUCUAUAAGUAUGGCUCCCAAUCAGAGACAACCAGCCACAGCUGACACUCGUUGCCUCUGAUUGGGAACCACUCUGGCCAACACAGAAAUAUAAUACAUAGAUCUACACACCCUGGCUCAACAUAACAGUGUCCCCAGAGCCAGGGCGUGACAUGAUGAAAUUAACUCCAGCAAGGGCGAGGACGAGAGCGAUGACAGUGAUUGGGAGGAUAUAUUGAGGGAGAUGACGAUGACAAAACAAAAUUGGAGAAGAAACCUGUGAGGAUAAAGCAGCUAUGUGGGUGAUGAAGAUUCUGAGGGAUGUAAGUCCCAUUACAAGUCUCAGGAUGUUGUGGAAAAUGAAGAUGAACUCAUAGCAAAUAUAUCCACAGCUAUCCGCGCUGUUCCUACUAGGAUCAGACAUAGAACGGGACAUGUUGUCCUGUUUGGGAGGGGGAUAGGUUCAGAGUCUAGUUUCAAAAGGAUCACUAUUGGUAUAAGGACUCUGGGAAUGGUUAACUUGAAAAUAUUGAGAGCUUGCGGCGUGUUUCACUCCAAGCACGGGUACAGCAGAGCUAUGUUGAAGAUCCCGAACACCAAGGGAGUUAUACCAGAACCACCCUGGUUAGGGAAACCCACAUUGCUUACGGAUGACUUGUGUCUCACCACACCUUUGACAAUAGCCAGCGCUCUUCCUACGCCAUUGCAAGAUUGCAGUGACUGCUUCUUUCAACUGAAUUACACUCCCAAGACAGCAAAGAAAAAAAACGACUCGGUGACCGGUGCUGAGGGUGGUGUAGUUGUAGAGAUGUCAAAGACAGAGCAGGCUAUAUGUAGUGAAAAUGCACAAGGCUACGAGGAACAUAAACUUUACAGACUGUUCAGAACCUGCCGCAGGAAGAUGCAGAGGUGCCUCUUCGUUGUUGCCAUAGACUACCCUGACAUUACAGACCUUGGGUGCAAGGAGCAUAUGUACAAGCGAUCUUGGCUUGAGACACAGAGGAGAAAGCAGACCUCAUUGACAGUUCCCUCAACAAUAGGGGAUGGAGAGCUGUUUCCUUCUAUCGAGAUUGCAAGAGAAAUCGAUUUGGAGGAAAGUGAGGAACAGAUGUUAUCAUACCCAUUGUCAGAAUACUAUCUUAACCUCACAGUGAACACUUCCCCCAAUCAUUACUCAGUGCUACUUGGCCACUGCGCCAGAGUCUCUGUUACAAGGGGUGCUAGACAAACUUUGACGUGAGCGCAUGUCUGACGUGGUUUUACAGAGCGGUACACCCGUGUGUACCAGACAUGAAGGUGGGAGAUAUGAUGCUUGACUAUGAGUUCGUCAUGUACGGCAAGGGUGAACUUUCGCCUGUAUACGCUCUCCUUAGCAACUUAGCUGAAAGCUGCAGGGUCAACUGCUUCCCAAUGGUCAAGUUAAUCACCCUCACUAGACCCAGAGGCUCAUCGGUGUGGACCAGAGGUGCUGACGCAAAGUUUCACUCGCAGAAGCUGAGGACAAACACUAUCGGCGCCUUCUUGUGCGCUCAGGAUCACAGGCUUGCUCCUCUGCUGUCUAGGUGCUGCAACCCGAAUCCUCUACACGCUUCUGAACUCGCGGAGAUGAAGAGGCGCUCCUAUUGAGAGCAUACUCCAUGACACUUGGUUCCGUGUUUGAGUUUCAUACAGUACACAGUUUCCCAAGUAAUGUAAGGACCAGUCUGGGGGAUUGGAAAUUCAUGAGGCUAGCAAAUACAUCAUAUGGUCUCAACCGUUACCCUGGCACUACGGUGGUGGAUGGUUUCGCUAUAGCAUUUGCUUCCAAGUCCCCGCUCUUCUACCUUAAAGGAGAAGGGACCCUUGGUUCAUAAGCUAGAAUCGGUCGCGGUGGUCGUAGAGAGCAGUUCCCUGUAUAGAACCGAUGUGUUGAAGAAAGAAGACCCGGAGUGGCCAUCUCCCGAUCUGAUAGAUGGGAGAGAUCGCAUCAAGUGUAAGAACAAGAUUUCCGUACUCGAUGAUAUGUUCAUGCGAGGUGGAGAAAGGGAUCCCUUGGAUGGGUAUGAGGUGAACGGUAGGUGUUGGAAGAAACUGAUAGGUACCCGGUGGACUUUCAAAAAGGCCCCAAGUGAAGCUUCUGGAGACUGGGAACUACAAUACCCCCUCUGUGAGAGCCUUACAUUGAUAGGCGGUCUGGUUCUAAUAUCCCUACAGCAGAGUGGCACUGUGCUGCCCCGCCCGCAAGUUUCUCUUUGGGAGUAAAGACUUGUGUAGGCAAACUGCAGAGUGAAAGCUUCAACAUGCUUGGACGUGUGGUGAUUGACUCUAGGACAGCUCGAAUCCAAAACCCAGUUGCAUGGAGAGGCUUCGACGCCUUGUGCACCAGGGCUCUAACAUGCCCUACGGAAAGGGUGUGGACUAGAGGCAUUUGUAAGGUGGUGAACAAAGGAAUUUGCAUGUUCAAACACAAUGCUCGGGUGCCAAUCGCUAACCUCAUAGUGAUAGUUGAUGCAGGACAGUGGUAUGCUUCCCCCAGUUACGAUGACAAGACCUACAAUGAUUACACCAAUCGGACCCUGAAGCUCACGUUGACGGUAGUCUGGCUCUGGCUCAGCUGAAGGUAGAAGAGCUGAGAAUGAACCUCAAGUCAACAGCCUCCACUUGCACCAACGACAGGCUUAUUGCCUACAUUUGCAUGGCAAAGAUAGGCCCUGUCUGUAGAUACAACCCAAGGUACACGGUGACAGCUGAGAGAGUAGUGUUAUUCAAGCACCUUAUAGCAUCAGGAUUUCCUAUUGAGACCGCAUGGAGUCUGGUGAAAAACAUAACACAUUCAAAGCCAGUGUCUAUGAUUGCGGUUCCAUUACAACGGGGGAUUGAGCUACAGUUAACAAAAACAAUCCAACCUACCACACACAACAGAAAAAUAGCCUCACUCAUAUGGUUGUUCUCACACAUCACUGCAUAUUGUACGCUUCGACAGCUGAAUCAUGGAUAUGUGCGAAUGGGAGACUCUCCGGAAGAUAUCGCCUGUGACGGCAUGUACAUAUUCGACCAAGAUCAUGUGGGAUUCCGAUUGUCUCGAGGAGAUCAGCUCUCGGUCUCAACCGAUAUCGGGGAGAAAGGAAAAUCACCAUCCGCCUACAUGCCCUUCUCACAAAUUGUGGAAUUGCUUGCACUGCGGGAUAGCGUUCAGGAGAGAAUUUGCUGAAAGAGUAAUCAGAGCAGGACCAGAACAGUCAUAUGACGCACUCAUGCAGUUUGGUAAUGCUCCCAUAACAAGCAUAGUUAACUUACAGUGGAAACGGGAUGCUCUUGACAAACACAGUGCUGAUCGCAAAACACUCUACUGAGAGGUGUGAAAAACUCCUCUGAGUACGUGGCAAAGAGGCAGAAUAAACAGGAAUGUCAUAGUAGGCAGCAGACUAAGUCUAAGCAUAACAGCAAGUGUAAGGCCUCGAUGAAGUGGAAAAGUCCUGUCUGCAUGCAAAAGAAAGCCAAAGCAUCUGACAAAUCCACAGGGCAGAAACAACCUGUUGGAACACCAUUGUAACUGUUGAACAGAUAGAGGACAUACCACCUGUAGUGUUUAUUUGUCAAUAUGUGAAGCUGUAGAUGAAUAAAGCUAUUUUAAACAACAAAAUGUAAUGAGCCACGUGUGUUUUAUGUUGAUUUAUUUCGUUAUCGCUCACAACAGAUAUGUUUACCAAUGACAAUUAAAACAUAAAGGGUAGCUGAACAGUACAUUUCACAGUCACAUAUAGCAUAUCCAUAAAUUUGCUUGCAACAUCACCACCAUGUUACAGUCACACAAGAUUAUAGUGAAUAUAUAACCCAGCACAAGGGCUAUGUUACUGUCGAUACAGCUAUGCCUGUAGUUGACGCCUCACUUUCCCCUCUAGUCUCGCCUCCUCAGUUUCAUAGUGCCCUGUAGAGAAAGGCCUAUUCCGUUUCCCCAUGGGUUGCUUAGUCUUCGUAUUUGUGUGUGGGGUCAAGUCCAUUCCAUCAUCGGUGUGAUUUAUAACCUCACAAUUUUUCAGGUUCAGGUUGCUCCAAGGGGGACUCUGACUGUGUGGCAUAGUGCUGUUGUUGUCAGAGUAGCUAGCAUCCGAGAUGUACUCCUCCAAGGUGACUGUGACUACAACUGAAAGGGAGCUUCUGAGAUCACUUUUAGACAUCACCCCCUUCACAAACUCAGGCUGUGAAGGAGGUGAUGUCUAAGUUGAGAGUGUGGACCACUGAGUUGAGAGUGUGGACCACUGGUUGUGUCUAGUGCGUGUCUUGUCAAAGCACAUAAUCAUCAACGUCCUGUUGUUAAAUAGUUGGCUCAGUACACAGUGCUUUAAAUAGGGGAAAACACAUAGAGUUAGCAUUACCACCAUGGUAUAGAAGUCCUGACGUCUUUGUCGUUGUACUUGCAUGACAGUUUCUUCAUGAAGCGGGUGAUCUUGUUGUUGUGUGAGUUGAAAAGCGUUGAUAUUGCAACAGCGCUCCUCAGCACUGCUUCCUUCACAACCGAAGACAUAUGUUCUGAGCAAUUCAGUUCAGGCUUCGUAUUGAACUCUAUCACCUCAGCAAGCUCGAAGAUCCGAGACGUCCAAGAAAAUGAUUGUGUGCUUGAUGAAGUUAUCACCCCAUCACCCUUGUGCACGAUCUCAUAUUGCAUCCUGAAAUCAUCAGUGAGCACUGUUGAAAAUAGGGCGAUCAUAACAGGUAGGCAUGCUUUGAGUGUGAUUUGGUACUCUUCUGCAUCGGUGGAGCACACCCCUGCACUUUUUCAACACUGUCCCCUCUAUCAGGCAUGUGGUAGGGACCUCUGAACUCCACCUGAGGUUUGUGAAAGACCAGGAGAGCCGCAACAGGGCAGGAAGUUUCUGAUUUCCCCGUUUGAUAUUGUGUGUGGGUUACCAUUGUGUUAAUCAAGGCGCAAUUCGAACCUGAACACACGUGCCUGCUGCAAUGUGUUCUGCACACAUACCCCUGAAUGUGGUCACGGAAGGAGCAUUCGUUCUCUACACAGUAGCUAACCCAUUGUGGAUCAUAUAUUAACUCAAUGUGGGAAUGAUUUAUCUCUGCUCUGCCAGUACAAUUCCUUAGCGAAUGUCAUUUCUCUUUCCUUUACAGCUAUUUUGAUCCUUUCACUGUCUUACAUAUAAUCUACUUCCUGUUGUGUAGCUAUGUAAAUGUUAUCAAACACCUAUGAGCAGAGUGAUUAUGAGUAAUGAGACAUUUACAAUCUAGGAUAACCCCUUACACCUCUCCACAUCUUUUAUCUCCCCAGGCCAGCAGAGGACAGAGUGCAGAUCUCAUUCUGGUUGAUGAAGUGGGUUUUGUGAAUUCUAAGGUUCUACUGGCAGUGCUACCAAACAUCGUAUUCAGGGGAAGAAAGCAAGUUCACAUUACAAGUCAUGUCAACAACACACCUUGGCUUAACAAGGUUGCAGAUAUCCUCAGGGAAGAUGGCGAGCCUGCCUACCACGUAGUGUCACAGAGCUUCAAGUGUAGGUAUCACGAGAGGGAAUCAGGGCCAACGUGCUUCUGUCUUGGAGUAUACUGUCCUCAACACAUAUCCGUAGACAACCAUUUGAAGGAGCUGAUGAACAUGGUAACCCCAAAGGGAUUCGAGAGUGAAGUAACGGGGAGCAGUAGCACUUCCUCAAUGGACACCAAGAAUGAAAACACAACUCCAUUUCAGCCCUCUGUCAUAAACAAGUUCCUGUCGAAUAACAGUGUCACUUUGGAAUACAUAACUCGGGCUUCUGUGGUACGAGCGUACCUUUGUCUCGACCCAACUUUCGGAGGAGGAUCCAGGUCCUGUGCCGGUGUGUGCUGUGCUGUCGAGUUGGCAGGUGGAAAUUUGGUCAGCACUUUGAAUCAGAGAGGUUCAUCAUCCACCCAGUUACUGCUAGUGAGAUGAUGGUAUGAAGACUUUGUCUAUCCCGUACGCUCUCCUUGAUUAUAGCCAUGUACUUUAGGGGUCCGCUGCGAAUAGUGUCUGCUGAGGCGAACACUGCAAGAGUCAUGGCAUCGUAUCCUUUCCAGUUGCAGCUGGAGAUGCAGUCAUGUACAAAGUGCUGGGGGACCUGGUUGCCUAUAGCAAGAGUUAUAACCCUAGACAACUCAAAAGGAACAUGGAGCGAAUGCGGUUGCUCAUCCUUACCAAAUCGUCCUUUUCCUGUACACCGAUAUGAGGCUGUCGAUCAUGAGUAUCCUAGCAGGCGAGAACGAGACGAGCUGACUGUAUAGGGUUUUAAGCUGGCCAUUAUCCAUGUUAGAGUAGAAUAGAACAUUACGGUGGAAAGAUGUGAAGACUAUCAUGAACUCAUAUUGUGAUAUGAGGUACUGUCAUGGAGUCUUCAGUAAUUUAUCAACCUCCUCUCUAGCAUCAAGACAGCCUACACACAACAUGAUCACUAAUCCCUUUGCAGCUUUGUGUAAUCCACCGGAAUGCUAACAUUGCAUUUAUACUUAGUGGCUACAUGUGUUUAUAUUUAACCCUGUCUACCUGUAUACAUAUCCGUUUGUCUGUGUGCUUUCUUACAGGUAAUGGCACUGGAGGAAUUGGAGAAUCGAGAUCUAGAUCAAGUUACCAGAGUGUAUGCUGCUCUGUUAAGUGCUCACGUUAGACUACUGAAAUGUCUGUUGCCCAGAGUGAUGUGGAAAGAAGUCCCCAUGGUGAUGAUAUUUGAACAGAAUACAUAUUUCAAUGCACUGAUAGAUGUGUAAAAACGAAUAGAGCACUCCCUGUUACGCUCUGGGUUUAAGGUCCUGUUCUAUAGCAAGUUUUCACAUAUCAACAACAAGUACAUGUUAGGGAAGCACGUGGGUGCCAAUACCAAACUUGCUAUGGUUCUAAGUACCGUUUCUGCAAUCGACAGACAAACGCUACAUUACUGUGACACGAUAAUGUCCCUGGGAUGGGCAGUGUUGUCCGAGGCCACCAAGAAAACUUGA